AUGGCGCCCGUGCUGCUGCGAUCACAGCCGGUGCUGCUGCUGCUGCUGCUGCAGUGCUUCUGGCCGCUUUGGGCCACCGAGAACAGCACCAGCAGUGAGAGCAGCAGCAGCAGCAGCAGCAGCAGUUGUUCGGAGGGAGGAGGGUUUGAAGAUCUGUGGGCGCGGCGGCCGGAGACAGAGGAGGAGAGCUUCCAAACCACAGCAGCAGCAGCAGCAGCAGCAGCAGCAGCAGCACGCGAGGCGGAAGCAGAAGUGCUCUCGUUCGAGGAGCCGGGCGGCGUGGGGACGCUGGACGUGGACGCAGCAGCAGCAGCAGCAGCAGGCGCAGCAGCGUACCCGCCGUCAGCGCGGGCGCAGCAGCAGCUGCUGCUGCAGCAGCAGCAGCAGCAGCAGCAGCACGACCAAGACAUGCUGGACUUCAAAGAAGCCCUCAAAGCUCAACUUGGAAGAAGUGCAAAACAAGUCCAUGGUUUGCGUCAAGACAUAAACUGGCUAAAGUCCGCAGUGAAGGACUUGGACCUCACCACCGAAACCCUCAGCCAGCCGCACCCCUCGCAGCCCCUGCUGGACCUGCUUUCCGAGAAAACCUCUACAUUGGAGGAAAGGGUUUUGAAUUAUAUUUCGGGAAACUUUACGGAGUUUAAGGAGCAGCUGGAGGAGCUCAUGGCCCUCAAGUUGCUGCCUUUCCACCAGGACUACGUAGACACUACUUACCGCGCUGCCUCGCUGGUGACGGACUUGAGGAGAGUCACAGAAGACCUCCGCCGCGUCGAGGCCGAGAUCCACGUCAUUGCUGGCGAACACGUGGAGCGGCUGCGGCAGUGGGCGGGGGAGCAGGCGGCGAAGUUCAAGGAGGCGCUGCGGGAGGCGCAGCCGCGGCUGCUGGCCUCUUUCGAAGAGCAGAAGAAAAUGGAACAAACUCGAGUUAAUUUUGCAAUUUUAGAAGAAAUAAAAAUAAAAGCAGCAGCAGAAGAUGCUUUAAAAGAAAUCGAAACCCGAGGGUCUGCGUUUGUGGACCUGGGCGGCUGCUGCUCCGGAUACACCGCAAUCCACGUCGCCGAGCUGCUGCUGCACGAAGCCGCCAAAAUCAACAAAACGGGAAAACGCCUCAUCCCCGUGUUUAUAGUCACCGAGCCCGGCCAGCAGCAGCAGCUGCAGCCGCCGCCGCUGCUGCUGGGGCCCCGCGUGCUGCUGCGGGGAGCAGCAGCAGCAGCAGCAGAGAGAAGCAGCAGACAGGCAGCAAACGAAGCAGUCAAGGAGGAGCUCAGGGCCAAGGUCGCCGAGUUCAAGCGCGUGGCUCGCCAGAUAACGGAGGAGCUGCUGGAGAAGAAGGGCCCCCGUUUGGUGCGGCUGCUGCCGCAGCUAGCUGGGGACUCCGUGCUGCAGCGGGCUUCUUCUUUGAAGAGAGAAAAGGCCCUAAAGGGUACUAGAAAAAGACUUGCGGGGGCCCCCCUGCAGCUGUGGGGGGCCCCCCAGCAGUCUUUGCUGCCUCCGCUGUUUCUGCUGCAGAAGCUGGUGCUGGCGCACCGCCGCAGCCUGCACCGCGCGCAGCAGCAGCAGCAGCAGCAGCAGCAGCAGCAGCAGGAGGCGCCGGAGGCGCGGGAGGCGCGCGCGCAGCAGCAGCGGCAGCAGCAGCAGCAGCAGCAGGGCUUCUUCCUGCUGGCAGCAGACGGGCUGCUGCUCGAAGGCUCCCGUGUCACCCCACAAGGGGUCUUUUCAAUUAAAUUGCACUUUCCACCUUUUCCAGUACCCUUGGGGCCCCUCACUUUGCAUGCGUUUUAUGGCAGGGCCCUCGCCAAGGCCUUCACCUUCAUUUUGAGGGGCCCCCGGGGGCCCCCCGACGUGCCCCUCGCCUACACCUUCCCGCCGCCCUUCCCCUCCCCCUGCAGCAGCAGCAGCAGCAGCAGCAGCAGCAGCAGCAGCAGCAGCGGCGGCGGCGGCGGCAGGCAGGAGCAGCAGGCGGCUGCGCACAGCCAGCCGGAGGCCAGCGCGGGCGUCGACGCCGAGCUGCUCGAGCAGCGGCAGCAGCAGCAGCAGCGCCAGCAGAUGCUGCUGCUGCAGCAGCAGCAGCAGCAGCACGAAGAGGCCUGCGCCCGCAGCAGCCAACAGUGCCCUGCUGCGCCCCUGCUGCUGCUCCCCAAACACUACAACCCUUUCCAGGGCUGCACCGGGCCCCCCAGAAGCACUUUGGCAGACUUGUACGCCAGCAGCAGCAGCAGCAACGCAGCAGCAGCAGCAGCGGCAAGCCCUGCAGCAGCAGCAGCGGCGGGCGCGGGCGCGCGCGCCGGGGAAGCCAAAGCCGCUGCAGCAGCAGCAGAGGCGCGCGGGGCAGCUCUGCCCGCAGCCAGCAGCAGCGCAGCAGCAGCACUCCCAGCGGCUCUGCUGCCGACAGACCUGCUGCUGCAGCAGCAGCAACCGGACCUGCUGCUGCAGCAGCAGCCAGACCUCCUGCUGCGGCAGCAGCAGCAGCAGGACUUGUAUUUGUCCCCAGACGUCGCGCGACUGCAGGCGCUCUCCGAGCAGGAGGACAGGGCAGAAGCAGCAGCAGCAGCAGCCCUGCUGCUGCGCUCCGUGGCCCAAGACAGCUCCCAGGGCGAAAUUGGAGUCCGGGCCUUUUUGCUGUCGCUCCGCAGAGAGCAGCGGCUGCAGCAGCUAAAGGGCUGGGCCCCACACUUUGCUGAGCGGCGCAUGCAGCCCCUGGGGGUCACUUUGAAGGUGGCUUUUGGCAGGCCCCCGUUGCUGCUGCUGCCGCUUUCUCCCUUCUUCAGGCGUUCGGUGCUGCUGAUUCGCGUGCACACAACGAGCUGCGGGCGGGGGCUGCUGGCUGUGCCUUCCACAGAAGCUCUUAGCAUGGGGCUGCUGGCAGCAGCUUAUCCGGGGGCAGAAGCAGCAGCAGUUCGCAGCUGCAGGCGGCGCCUGGAGGAGAGCUUCGCAGCAGCGCAGCAGCAGCAGCAGGGCGCGCACGUGCGCUUUGCGGGCGAGUCCCAGCAGCUGAACGCGCAGCAGCAGCAGCAGCAGCAGCAGCAGCAGCAGCAGCAGCAGCAGCAGUCCGCGGUGGAGAAGGAGACUUACGAGUCGCUGUCUCCGCGGGCCUCCAGCUUCUUCCCGGGGUCUCCGCACCAGUACGAGCAGCAGCAGCAGCAGCAGCAGCAGCAGCGGGUGUCGCAGCAGCAGCAGCCGUCCUCUCGGCAGCAGCAGCAGGCGCCGGCGCCGCCGCCCGCGGCCGCGCCCCCGCCCCCCCCGCCCCCGCCCCCGCAGCAGCAGCAGCAGCAGCAGCAGCAGCAGCAGCAAGAACCCCUGAUCCCCAUGGUGAAGGCCUGGGCCCUCCAGGGGGGCCUCAGCAGCAGCAGCUCUGCUGUAGUUCAUUUGGUGUCUUCGCGUGUGGGGUUUGGGGUGUACAUACAGCCGGGGGGGGGCCCGGACUCGAGCCAGGCGCAUGCACUGUACCAGGAAGCAGCAGCAGCAGCAGCAGCAGCAGCAGCGGCGGGGGGCGGCGCAGCAGCAGCAGCAGCAGCAGCAGCGGGAGACCCCUGCCUGACCCCGCACGGGAUCUUCGCGGGCCUGGUGGAGCAGCAAACGGAGUGCCUCGCAGCAGCAGCAGCAGUGGAAGCUGCUGCUGAUCGCAUGCAAGCAAGUGUGCUGCCUCUUUUGUUUCAAAAACCCUUAAGAGGAAGAACUAUUUUAAUUACAAUUAAUGAAAAAGAAGCUGGAGAAACGCGGCCCGAGAGCUUCCUUGCUGUCGAGCUCGUUGCUGCAGCAGAAGCCCGCAGGCAAAACAAGCAGCAAGCUGCGGCCUGA